GCUAAUACUUAUUUUGACUGACCAAUAAAAUUACUGUCAUGGAUAAGCAAAAAUAAAACAGAGUUUGCUCUUGAGUUUGUAAAAGGAGGCUGUCUAGCAAGAAUCUUAUAUUUCCACAGUUAAAGCAUAACACAAGUGCACGAGACUUGGCAAAGGAAACGCGUGAUUUCGAGCAAUAUUGUUAACUCACCCGAUGUUCACAGUUCAAAGAGCCUUUAGUUGACGAGCAUUCUAAGUGGAUCAAGUGAAGCUACCAUCGUGUUACUUAUACAAUCAAAAAAUGGCCGACAGUAACAAUGCUAACGAAACCAAGGAAAAGGAGCCAAUCACUUGGAUGCUUAUCUUUACUUGCUUCUUGUGCGUGUUUGGAUCAUCGGUGAUAUUUGGCUACAGCACUGGCGUUCUUAACUCCCCCGAAGAAAUCUUUCGUUCCUUUUACAAUGAAACAUAUACGGAAAGAUUCAAUAAAAAAAUGUCGGACUCACUUUUAAAUUUUCUGUGGGCCUUCACUGUUUCAAUAUAUCUUGCUGGUGGAAUGAUAGGAAUAUUUAGUGCUGGAUAUCUUGCCAACAGAUUUGGAAGGAGAGGAGCUAUACAAUUAAGUCACAUACUUGCCUUUGCUGCCGCGCUAUUUUUUGGCAUCGCCAAACCAUCAAAACGAUUUGAAAUGAUCAUUGUCGCUCGAUUUCUCAUUGGAUUAUCAUCCGGAAUUGGUGGCGGUGUGGUGCCAAUGUAUUUGACCGAAAGCUCACCAAAACAUAUUCGAGGAUCACUUGGUGUUUUGCAUCAGCUGGGCUGUACGAUAGGAAUUCUUAUUUCACAAAUAUUAGGAUUGGAGCAGUUACUAGGAAGCGAAGAGUUAUGGCCUGUUCUUCUAAUCUUCUCCGCAGUCCCAGGGUUUAUUGUGUCCUUCAUGCUCCCGUUUGUUCCUGAGAGUCCUCGUUAUCUUCUCAUAAUCAAGAAAAACGAAGAACAAGCAAAGAAUGCAUUGAAAGCAUUUCGUGGAGAAAAGCACGACAUCAAAAACGACAUUGCGGAAAUGCAAGAAGAGCAAAGGCAAAUGGAAAUUGAGCCAGCAUGGACAAUGAGACAACUUUUGAAGUCAAAGAAACUCCGCUUCCCACUUAUAAUCCUUGCUUUUUUGCAAACAAGUCAACAAUGCUCCGGAAUCAAUGUCGUGUUUUACUACUCGACUGGAAUCUUCAAGAAAGCUGGCAUACCUGAUAACUAUGUGCAGUACGCAACAAUUGGAGCCGGUGCCAUUAAUGUUGCCAUGACAACCACUGCGGUAUUCUUGAUGGAGAAAGCAGGACGACGUCCAUUAUUGUUGUAUGGGUUGAUUGGUAUGGCAAUAUCUGCUGCAUUUAUAACUCUUGGAUUGAAUUUGCAGGAUAUUGCUCCUGGAAUCGCCAUUGUCAGUUUCAUAUGCACCCUCACUUUUGUCGUUUCUUUUGCUGUUGGCCUGGGACCCAUUCCUCUGUUCAUUGGAGGAGAAUUAUUCAAACAAGGGCCGAGACCAGCUGCCAUGAGUUUCACCGGAAUGCUUAACUGGCUUUGUAACUUCCUCGUUGGAAUAACAUUUCCAUUUAUUUUGGAUGGAUUCAAAGGUUACACGUUUCUUCCAUUUUUGGUGGUCGUCGCCAUUGGUGCAGUUAUAGUGUAUAAGUAUGUCAAAGAAACUAAAAAUAAAACUUACGAGGAAAUUGCUCAGAUCUACUACGGCAAGGAUGACACUACUACGGUGGAUGCAGAGAUUGCACAAAAUGGUAUCAAGCUUGAAGAAAUUCCGUCACUAGAAAAUCCAGGAUUUACUCGUGAUGAUCAGUAAACUUAUACAACAUGGGAACAAUGCUCAAGAACGAAUCGCUUUAAAUUAGUAAAACAGUGUCCAUUAGAAAAACUGGGCGAAACUCAAUGCUACCUUUCGUAGUUUGUGAGAGAAACAUCAACUAUUAAUGUGAAUAAUCAAACUGACCGAAUAAACUUUGUUUAAAUUUAUACAUACAUUCCUUCUAUGACAAUAGAACUAGCAGAAUAGGUAAUUGAAAAUCGACGACUGCUUAAAAGAAUUGUUUUAAAAGAGAGGAAUUUGAUAAAUGGUUAAUGAAUUCGAAAACAAAUAAUGCUAUAAAAUGUCGAAA